UCCAUCAUGGCGGCAAAAAUCAACACCGAAGUGGCCAGCAAAGCUUGGAUAGUCGUUACUGAAGUGUUAUCACCGAAUAUUGGUAAUAAGAGACCAAAUGAGACCGAGUUUCAUAAUGCAGUUGACAUUAUGUCCCAAAACGGCCUUGCCUACAUAAUUGAAGAAUGGUUUGUGGAAUGUUUGCAGCAGCAUCUAAGAAGAAAUGUAGCACCAAAAUUCUGGAAUUUUUUUGAUUUGGAGCAAACAGAUAUUUUACCUCAACAGUUGGGAAAAGCAGUGAAUUACCUACACGAGAUUACAAUGGGAUACUUGCCAUGUAUAGACAGGCUUAACUCCAUGUCUGUGAUUGUUGAAAACAGGAAGCCAUCUACAGUAUUCAACACAAAUAAUUUGUCUGAGGCCUAUAUACUUCUGAUCAAGUCAAUCAUCUUCUUUGUUUUACCUGCCAAAUUUUGCACUGCAGUGGAGAUGUUUUAUUCACAAGCUUUCAAAGUGUUUCACCACAGCACGUCCGAGGAUGAGGAAGAUCAAGAUGUUAUAGAUGAAGAAGAAGAGGAAUGUAAGGGCUGUGACAGAGAACAAGAAGACUGUGUGUGUAAAGACAUCCUGGACAACUUCCACACCAUCAACAGGCAACUGGAUGACAUUGGAAUAUUGGAGAGAGUAUCGGGUAUGGCUGUUACCUCCAUUGUACAUGAGCGAAUCAAGAAUCACAUUGAAAACACUUGUAAAGGCAAUUUUGAAACAUCAUACCUAAAAAAUCUAGAGGAGUGGCUGGAUAGUAAGGUAUUAGGCUGGCUGACUCUGGUGUACUCUGGAAACUGUAGAAACACCUACUCGGAUUGUAUCGAGGGAUUUAAGGGUAGACUUCUGCACUUUCUGUAUGAGACCUUUGCUAGAACUCACAUUGAUCAGCUGUUUAACAUCAUUAUUGAGUUCCCGGAGUCUGAGCCGGCUAUUCUGGAUUUGAAGGUCUGCUUAGAGAAGACCGACCUAAGAGGAACACUGGUCUCCUCUCUAAAAACUGCUCUGGAAACCCGACUGUUACAUCCAGGUGUAAAUACAUCAGACAUUUUGACAGCAUACAUAGCUGCUAUUCGAGCGCUCCGAAUAUUGGAUCCAGUUGGAGUUAUUCUUGAACUUGUGUGUGACCCAGUCAGGAAGUAUUUAAGGUCAAGGGAUGACACUGUUCGACAGAUUGUAUCAAACCUGACAGAUGAUGGCAGUAACGAGUUACUGGAAGAACUUCAGAAAGGUCAGCCAUUGCUGGAUGACGGCUGCAGUAGUGAUGAUGAACUGGAUGAUUGGGAGAACUGGAUGCCGGAUCCUGUUGAUGCUGAUCCAAGAAGCACCUCGAAGAGCCGCAGGGCAUCUGAUAUCAUCAGUAUGUUAGUCAACAUUUAUGGAAGCAAAGAACUCUUUGUGCAAGAAUAUCGAACACUGUUAGCAGAUCGAAUACUGACACAGUUUAAUUAUGAAAUAGUGAAAGAAAUUCGUUAUCUAGAACUUCUUAAAUUAAGAUUUGGAGAAUCUCAGCUUCAUUAUUGUGAAGUCAUGUUAAAGGAUGUGGCAGACUCUAAAAGACUGAAUUCUAGGAUAAUGGAUGAGAGGAGGAAGUCUGCCGAGAGAGAGGAGAUUGAAGUGAACUCAAUGGUGCUGUCUGCUCAGUUUUGGCCUGCCUUCCGAGAAGAAAAGAUCAAGCUACCAGAAGUCAUGCAGAAAUCAUUGGAGGAAUACACCAAGAAGUUUGAGGCCCUGAAAGGAAACAGAACCCUAAACUGGAAGCCUCAUCUAGGUACAGUCACUCCUGUUUUAAGAGGCCAUUUGUGGGAGAAGGAAAAACACAUAUUCUGA